CUCGGCGACCCGACCUCCCGCCGGCCGCCGCCUCCACUCUCCGUCGGACAGCGGCGGCGCUCACGCUCGCCCCCCCACCCCCCACCCCCCACCGCCACUCCCUCGGGCAAGGCCGCAACACGGGGAGAUCCGGGGAGGAAGGAUGUCGGGGUUCGGCGACGGGUACGUGGGCACCGCGCAGGAUGCGGUGAAGAUCCGGCGGCUUGAGAAGCAGCGCGAGGCGGAGCGCCGGAAGAUCGAGGAGCUCAAGAACAAGAACGCCGACGGGCAGCCCGGCCUCCUCCAGUUCGGCUCCAGCACCUCCGAGAUUCUUGAGACUGCAUUCAAGAAGGAAACUGUCGGCCUAGUUACGAGGGAGCAGUAUGUUGAGAAGGUAAUAGACAGACCAUUUAUGUACCUUUCCUUGUCUAUUCCCGGGCAAAGUAAAUUUUGUUCACUUAAUUUUCACCCAUUGCCUGAGCAGAGGGUUAACAUACGAACUAAGAUCGAGGAGGAAGAGAAAGAGAAGCUUCAAAAAUUGCAACAAGAAGAAGAAGAACUGCAAAUGCAGAAAAGGAAAAAGAGGAGAGUGAGGGGAGAUCCACGCUUGUCGUUCUAUGAUGACAUUGGGAACGGAAGUGACGAGGAUGAGUUUGAGAACCAAGAAACUCAGAAGAAACAACUUGGAAAGGAUCCCACAGUUGAGACAAGUUUUCUACCUGACAGAGAGAGAGAGGCAGAGGAACAAGCAGAGCGAGAACGCUUGAAGAUGCAGUGGUCGCGUGAGCAAGAAUUGAUCAAAAAUGAACCUCUUUCAAUCACUUACAGUUACUGGGAUGGUACUGGUCACAGGAGAGCUAUCCAGGUGCGUAAAGGUGACUCUAUUGGAGAAUUCUUGAGGGCUGUUCAACAGCAGCUUGCUCCGGAGUUCCGUGAAGUACGGACAACAUCAGUUGAGAACCUACUCUAUGUGAAGGAAGAUCUCAUUAUCCCUCAUCAACACAGCUUCUACGAGUUAAUCAUUAAUAAAGCAAGGGGCAAGAGUGGACCGCUUUUCCACUUUGAUGUUCACGAGGAUGUGCGUACCAUUGCUGAUGCAACAAAAGAGAAGGAUGAGUCUCAUGCGGGGAAGGUUGUGGAGAGGCACUGGUACGAGAAGAACAAACACAUAUUCCCGGCCUCGAGAUGGGAGAUCUAUGACCCGACUAAGAAGUGGGAGCGCUACACGAUCCAUGGAGAUUAGUGUUUGUAGCAUGAUGCAGCAUGGUUUGAGAACUGAAGUGUUUCUACGUUGGAUUUAUGUAGCAACUAGCACGGUGAUUUUGCUAAUGCCAUAUCCGAAGAUCAUCAGUGUUGUUGUCUGCAACGAUUUCCCUUACUGAACUGUAGUAAAGCUGUACACCUGUAUGCUCCUGAAAAUUUUCGUGUAAUCAUUUGGUGCACUUGGAUAUGGUA